GGGGCCCUGGCCCAGCCCCAGCCCUGGUGGAAGAUCCAGCUGUUUGUGUGGGAGCCAGUGCUGUUUGGGACCUGGGAUGGUGUGUUCACAUCCUGCAUGAUCAACAUUUUUGGGGUUGUCCUUUUCUUGAGGACUGGCUGGCUGGUGGGAAACACAGGUGUGCUCCUGGGCCUGCUUCUGGUGUCUUUCGUCAUCCUCGUGGCCCUUGUCACUGUGCUGUCUGGCAUCGGCGUUGGGGAACAUAGUGGUGUGGGCAGUGGUGGCGUCUACUCCAUGAUCUCCUCUGUUCUCGGAGGGCAGACAGGAGGCACCAUUGGGCUGCUGUAUGUGUUUGGACAGUGUGUUGCAGGUGCCAUGUACAUCACUGGCUUCGCUGAAUCCAUCUCAGACCUGCUGGGCUUUGGGAAUAUCUGGGCUGUGCGAGGAAUUUCGGUUGCAGUGCUUCUGGCCCUGCUGGGGAUCAACCUAGCAGGUGUCAAGUGGAUAAUCCGCCUCCAGCUGCUGCUGCUGUUCCUGCUGGCCGUGUCCACACUGGAUUUUGUGGUGGGCUCUUUCACCCACCUGGACCCAGAGCAUGGCUUUAUUGGAUAUUCACCAGAACUGCUACAGAACAACGCUCUGCCAGACUAUAGCCCCGGGGAGUCUUUUUCCACUGUGUUCGGGGUUUUCUUCCCAGCAGCUACAGGAGUCAUGGCCGGCUUCAACAUGGGAGGCGACCUCAGAGAGCCUGCUGCCAGCAUUCCCCUGGGCUCCCUAGCAGCUGUUGGCAUCUCGUGGUUUCUGUACAUCAUCUUCACCUUCCUGCUCGGUGCCAUCUGCACCCGAGAGGCCCUUCGCUCUGACUUCCUGAUUGCCCAAAAGGUGUCCCUAGUGGGCUUCCUGUUUCUCUUGGGUUUGUACAUCUCAUCCCUGGCCUCCUGUAUGGGAGGACUCUAUGGAGCCCCCCGGAUCCUGCAGUGCAUUGCCCAGGAGAAAGUGAUUCCUGCACUCGCCUGUCUGGGGCAAGGG